GUUAAGCGGAAAGAAUGGGACCUGCGCUAGUGUGACGAGGUGCCGCGGAUGGCCUCGCCGGCCAAUGCUUGCCGGAGCAGGUCUCUCUGCGCCUGGGGGAGGAAGGGGGCAACGGCGUUGCUGUUAAAAGUUCGGGCGUUGAGCCGCAGCCUCGCAGCACACCGCGAGAACCAGCACGCUGGAGAAGAGGCGAGACAUCCCGGGUCCGAACCCUCCGUCCCAAGCCAGGCGCCGGGGGACCAUUUCCGGGAGGAAACGGGAAAACGUCCAAACGCGCUUCCAGCCCGGCGGCGGCUGUCUGUGUCUACCGCUGGCACGGAAAGUUUGUCCAGGGCUGCCCUUCGCCCGGGUGGGGGCGGGGCGCUCGCAGAGACCUUAGACUGUUACGAAAAGUUCAGCUGUAGAGCGGAACUAAGCCACGAGAGCCGGGUUGACCAGGCCCGUGGGGAACCGGAACUGCUCGCCAGCUACUCGAAGCAAAACGCGGCCCCGGCGAGCGAGAUUCCAGCGGGCGGCGUGGGCGUCACGUCGCCAACUGCUUCCUGUGGAGUUGCUACGGCGACCGCUGGCUGGGGAGUGACGUCAUCGCGGUGCGCCGUCUCGCGCCUCGCUGGCAUCACAUCCGAAGCAUUUCCGGCGCGCUGAGAGGCGGAGGGCGGGGCCGGCAUCGCGAUGGAGCCCGGGCGAGGCGGCGGCGGCGGCGGCUGCAGAAGUGCGGCAGGCGGGCGCCCAGGCGGCAGGUGAGUCCCCCUUCCGCCAGCGAGCACCAUGCGGGCGGCCCAGGAACGCGGCCAGGGCCGCCUCCCGCCCAAGAAGCGAGAGCUACCGGCGUCCGCCAGCGGGGGCGACGGCGACGAGCCGGGCAGGUCGGCCGAGCGCGAUUCGGUGACGGUGGGGGAGGCCUCGUCGGAGCGGCCUCAGGCGGCGGCGGGCAAACCGGGUCGCGCGCCUUCGCGUUACAGUGAGCCCGGCGGUGAUGACACCAGCGACGGCGACCACCCCAACGAAACUGUGGCCAGCUUGACUGUGGACCAGCGCGGCUUGUACAAGGUGGCUGUGCCCCCGACCACCUUCGCCCCGGUGGUGAACGUGAGCCCGCUGCCUGCUGCUUAUGGUCUGACCUCACAGCUGCUGCACCAGCAUCAGCAGCAACCAGAAGUCCCCUAUCCGCCCAUCCAUUACACACAGCUCCCUGCCACCCCUUUGCAAUUUGUGGGGUCGCAUUACUCACUGCCCUACGCUGUGCCUCAUGGCUUUCUCCCCAGCCACCUGCUGUCGUCUUCUGCUGGCCUAGCCACCUCUCAUGUUCCUCACUUUGUGCCCUACGCACCAAAUCUCCUGUCCAAUGACCUCAGUCCCUCACAGGCGACCCACACUUUUGGCAAAACUUCUGCCUCUGUUUCACCCUCAGGCCCUCUGCAGCCUCAAACUAGAGGCCACCUUCUGGACGUUUCGCAGGGUCAGAUUCCAAUUUAUUACCAGAUGUCCCAUGUGCCAGCAGGUUACUCGACAUUUGAGGCUGCCGUUGGUCUGAAUUUGGACCAACCUUUGCAGGAGAACCAGCUUGAUCCCAAAAGAUUCACAAUGAAUGGGCCACAAAGGUCUGCUGUUGGGGCAAAGGAGAGCGAAACUGAAGGGCAGUGGCCAAGGACUGCUGAAGAAUACAGUACAAGUACUCCGGUCUUGAGAAUGGAGGUAUCAGUGCCAUCUCAGCCAAGUACCCCAGACCUUGAAGUGCAGAGGGUAGUGGGAGUUCUUUCAGAAUAUCCUAUUUGUUCUGCUCAGCAGAAGGACAACUUCAGCCCUCUUAACCUGUCCCAUCGUAAUGCUGCAGAGCAGAAAAAGGAGUCGGGGAGAAAUCCAGUACAGGUUAACGCUGAGAAGAGCCAUUUGCAAAGACUGUCUGCAAAGUCACCUGAGAAGCAACUCUGCUCUAGGCAAACGCUUAAAAGGUUGACCCUGGUCAAUGGCAAACUAGUCUUAGGACCCCUUCAGCCUACAGUUCAGGAAGGCCUUGAAAGAGUGAGCCCUGACAUAGCACCCCAAGAGGUGCAGCCGGAAACAGUUUUGGCCCACUCCCAGGGCCACCUGCCCUCCCACUUCAUGAAAGGAGCCAUUAUUCAGUUGGCUACUGGGGAGCUCAAGCGAGUCGAGGAUCUUCAAACCCAAGACUUUGUGCGUAGUGCAGAGGUGAGUGACGGCCUCAAGAUCGAUUCCAGCACAGUGGUGGACAUUCAGGAAAGCCCCUGGCAGGGCUUUGUGAUGCUGCAUUUUGUAGUUGGAGAGCAGCAGAGCAAAGUGAGCAUUGAUGUGCCCCCUGAGCACCCUUUCUUUGUCUAUGGUCAAGGCUGGUCAUCCUGCAGCCCAGAGAGGACUGCUCGGCUUUUCUCUCUCCCUUGUCAUAAGCUUCAGGUGGGAGAUGUUUGUAUUUCCAUCAGUUUACAAAGCCUGAAUGGGAAGUUGGUUCCACAAAGUAGUUCUCGGGGCACUAUCCAAGAGAAGCCAGAGCAGAGUGGGAUAAUCCUUCGGGAGCCGCAAGGUCAGGUGAGGGAGAAGACUCCAUUACAGAGGACAGUAGGAGUGUUAGACUUAUCCCAGGAAUCCUAUCUAGAACCCAUUUCUGUAUAUGGCUGGGCAGGUCCCAGCUUUCAAAAAUUAGUGGAAGAGCCUCGUUUAUCCCUGCUCCGCCCUUCAUUUAUUCCCCAGGAAGUUAAAUUGUCCAUAGAGGGUCGUUCGAAUGCAGGGAAGUGAAUUCUGGCCAUUAAAUCAGUUUCUCUUGACGCCCAAGAGAUGUCCAGCUCCUCCAGCUGUGCCUAAACAAUUGUACUGGCAGAACUUCUUCCCAUCUUCUCCUGCAUUCUGCAAGGUGAGAUGAAGAGAGGGAUCACCAGGUCCCUUAAGAUGCAAGCACUUUAAUCGGACACUUACUCAUAGGUAGCAAGAUGCUUUCAACGAGAGAAAAAGAGUCAGUAUGGGAGCCAAGAGAAUUGUCCAGUCUUCUGCUCAGGUCUUAGUCAAGAUAGUUUGACUAAUUAGUCUAGGCACUGCAGUAGUCCAGUUUGGGAGUCUCUGCGUCUCCUUACAGAGAUAUUUGUACAUCUUAUUGUAUUGAGAAGAAACAUCUAGCAGUCCUGUUCAACAAAUCUGCUACCCAGUGCAUAGUUUUGUAACUGUUGUCACAUAGAACUAAGACCUUUUUUAAUAGGGGAAGUAGAAGCGGAACAAGGAUUUGUGCAGUAUAAAGUGUAUUAGCAGACCCCUUUGUUUGCUGGCUCUGCAUCCAUUCUGCUAUAACAUUCCUGCCCAGGUAAUACUGUUCUUCCAUGAAAGCUGCAUUCCAUUUCUCCCCUUGCUGCCAGUACUUUCUCAAACAUCCAUUGCUGAGCUAGAGUUCAACUGUAUAGCUGCUGCUUUUGCAGGCAUACAAAGGCUAUGGUUGAGGAAAGUGCCCUUUAUCAAUUACCAGCUUCAACAGACUAAAAAGGGGCAGUAGAUUUUUAUAUUUUAUCAAAGAGUAAGUAAAAAUGGCAAGUGGGUAACAGUUUUAAGUCUGUUGCACUGAAAAUGAUGCAGAAUUGCCUCAUUUCAUGGUGCCUUGCUGAGCAUCUUCUUGUCUUGUUACUGUGCUCUUAGCUCUAGGCAGACGUUUACUGUGUUGUCUGGUGUAAUGAUGACAAAAUCUCCCCUCAAAACGGCUGUUACAGCCGCCACUUCUAAUAAUUCUAAAUGUAUACCUUGGCUUAUUUCUCAUGGGUGGCUUCAAUUCCACUGCUUGGCAAUUCUGCUAGGUGCUGAGUGCUGAGUUUCUACAUCGGCCCAUCCCUAGCUCUCUAGAUGAAAGGUGACCUUGCUUUCUCUGCCAGGUUCUUUGCUGUGUUCUCCUAAAGACCCUGGCACUUUGCACUAUUCCUAACCACCUUUUGUCCUUUUGUCCAACAUAUCUGCCUUUCUUAACUUCCUCUCAGGGUCCCCUGAACUUCCUUUGUGUGCCUCCUGAUUAAUUUCUGUACUGAGUUCUCCCGUCUGAUGCCAGAUAAAGGGGCAGUAGUUUUAUGGCUGCAAACAAGCUUAAUCCUUUCUCUCAAAAUGAGUAGUUAUCUCCAGGCUGCAGUGCCAAGUGUCUAUGGUUGCUGACACUGAACCCCCCAGUUUUGGACAGCUCACCUAUGUGGGUCCACAAAACAAUCCUGUUUUCAGAGGCAUGUUUCCGAGUGGACAAGACAGUUACAAGUUGCAGAUGUGUAAGUCCCACAGACAUCUGAGAGAGCCAGCUACUUAGAGCAAUAAGCUAUUUCUCUCAUGUGACACUACAGAAAGUUGUGCCCAAUUCUAGCAAUUGCAGGGGAGGCCUCCUAAUACCCAAUACUGUGGGAUUGACAUCUCCCUGGUUGUCCUGUUGCCCAUGAACCCUAAACAAUUCAUCUCUGACAGGGCAUCUGUCAGAUGUCAUUUUCUCUUGGGAGUUGCUUCUGUUGCCCCUUUCUUCAAGGACACCUUAGCCUUAAAGGAGAGCUCCUUGAAGGGCUCAUGAAAGGGGAAGCCUUUUGUUACCAAUCAUGAUAGAGCCAGGGCAGGCCCACAAGAAACUCCUCUGAAGGUCCCUCUUCCUCCCUGGGACCUCUCCCAUAGAUAGCACCUUAGCUGGCGAGGACUGAAUGCCAUAUGCUACCAGAGUUGUACAUGUUGCAACCCUACAACCAAUCAUUAUUUUUACUCUCUAGCCAGUGAUAUACUGGCACAUGCCUUAGGACUAGCCAAACCCUCAACUGCUUUUCUCCUUCCUGAUCUUUAAUGUUACAUUACUCUAAGGAGGAUAAUCUAUUUUAUUGUGCUUUUUUGUAUCUGUUUUAAAUAAAUCCACAUGUACUGUAUAUUUGUAUUUGGCGUGUGAUCCUUUUUCCUGUUUUAUGAUUUAAUAUUGCUGUAAACGCAGGCUGUAUUUUUAUUGUUAAGCUCUUCAAAUGUGUUCAUUUAACUUGGCUAUAAAUGGCAUACACACAUAUAUAUGCAUGUGCACACAUAUACACACAUGUAUGUACUUAAUAAUAUGCCAAUAGUUUUUUCUUUUGCUGUCUGUUGUUUACCUUGUGGAGCGAAUACUACCCUGGAAAGCCAAGUAUAACUCAGCAUCAUUUUGACAAUUUAACGUGACUGUUAGUAAUAUUCACAGUAGGUUUAUUAAUGGAGAAUGGGGUGCUGCACAGGGACAAAUGAAGAACGCUCCUUCCCUAAUUUUGCAUUGCUUCCCCCAUAUUGGUAAUACAGCUGGUCUUCAAAUGUGACACAUGGAUGCCAAAGACAUUCACUGGUUACUGCUGCCUUCUGUACAGUCUGUGCUCAGUGUGAAGAGGAAGACUGGUGCUGAUAUGGUCAAAAUGGGCAGAAGCAGCUCAUCAAAACCUAUGCAGUUCUCUAAGCUUAUUUUACUGUUAGCAAGUAAUAUGUUAAGCCUGACAGCACUUAGGAUUGUCUCCAAACAACAGUUUGCAUAUUUGUGUGACGGCCUAAUAAAGACAUUGCUGUAAGAUG